GUUCGUUUGACAACACCGCAUCUUGUAAAUUCCAAGACACUGUGUCCACUUCUGUAGAUCUUUUUAAUUCAAAUCCUUGUUGAACGUUGCGACAUCCUUUAUAACUGAAAGAAUAUUGGAUCUUGACCAGACUAGCGUUACGCAACGAGUAGUAAAUCCAUUACAAGGUGGUGUCGGCAAUCAUAGUAAAAUUUUUGUUGGCUACUAGAAGUCUAUAUUUUGGAUUCUCACAUUUUUCCUUCUGAUGUCAGUUCGCAUUUGGACGUGUUUUAGGACAGUUUUUAAAUGUUGGUUUUUUCAUCUCGUAACUAUUUGGCAACACUGGCGAAAUUUUAUAUUUACGUCGGUAAAUUAGGUUAGGUUUUCGUUUUCUAUUUAUUGUGUGGAUGUGAGGUUUUGUCGAAGGUUUUUUUUGGGUAUAUUUGUUUUUUGUAAAGAGGUUUAGGCGUGUUUUUUCCAUUCUGAGUGACCAAAAAGAAAAAAUGGAACCGGAAAACCACUUGACCGUUAAAGAAUUCGAAUCUGCCCAAAUGACCCAUGAACUUAUCAAAAGUGCGGAAGAGGAAGUUUCAGAAAUCCAAAAAGCAAUAAAGGAGGAAAAUGACUUGGAUAGCAAGGAAUUUGAAGUCACUCCGAUCACCCAAGUCUUUAUUAAAAAUGAAAAUGGCCAAGUUAUUGAUACAAAUGCAACAGACACUGUUUGGGAUAGAUUUUAUAAUGGAUGUGAUACAGUAGUAAAUGUUGAUCCUACUGCAAUGAGGUUUGAAGGGACUGGUGAGGGAGUUCUCAAAAUGCAAGAUGAGAAAAUAGAGUUGCAAAAGCAUGAACAUAAUAAAUACAAAGUUGCAGAAAGCUGUGACCCACUGAUUAUUAAAAAUGAGAAUGAUGCAUAUAAGUUCACAGAUGCAGAUACAGCAAAUAUGUCAACCAGAACAGGACAUGAGCAUGAUUUUACUAACCAAUGGACAAAAUGUGAAGCUGUUGAAGAAUUGAAGUUUGAAAAUGAUAUGGAUGCUGAUAUAACUGGAAUUACAGAAAUUACUGAGGAAUACAUCAUUAAAAAUGAGAAUGAUCAUAUUUUGAACCAUCCUACAGUACAAGGAAGUCAUGAGCUCCACUGUAAUGCAACAUUCCGAAUGAAGAGAGGUUUAGAUGAACAUAUAUCAGAUAAACAUUCUAAAAUACUUUUGUGUGCACAUUGUACAUAUCAAACUACCACGAAAAAAUAUUUAGCUAAUCAUAUGCUGAAACAUCCUGAUUUUACUAGGGUUUCUAGUAAAAUAUAUGAAUGUGCACAUUGCACUUAUAAAAGUACCUUCAAAGCUCGUUUGGCUAGACAUAUGUUGAAGCAUUUUGCUGGAAAAGGUAGCCAUAAGCCUGAUGUGUGUAUUCACUGUAAUAAAACAUUCCUAUAUAAGAGAAGUUUAAAUGAUCAUAUAAUAAAAAAACAUCCUGAACAUAUUACAUCAGUUCCAGGUAAAAUACAUGAAUGUACAGAUUGCACCUAUAAAACUACCUUCAAAAAUAGGUUGGCUAUACAUAUGUUGAAACAUCCUGAUGCAAAAAGUAGCUAUAAGCUCCAAAAAUGUGUUCACUGUGAAACUAAAUUUUUAACUAAAACGCUCCUAGGUAAUCAUAUAAUUAAUAAACAUCCAGACUUCUUAGAAUCAGUUUCUAGUAAAAUACAUGAGUGUACAUAUUGCACUUAUAAAACUACUGUCAAAGGUAAGCUGGCUAUACAUAUGUUGAAACAUCCUGAUGCAAACAGUAGCUAUAAGCUAAAUGAGUGUAUUCAUUGUAAUAGAACAUUCAUAAAUAAGAAAAAUUUGAAUGAUCAUAUAAUAAAGAAACAUCCAGAACAUACUGCAUCAGUUGCAAGUAAAAUACAUGAAUGCGAAUAUUGCGUUUUUAUAACCACAUCGAAGGGUUAUUUAGCCAAACAUAUGCGAAUGCAUGCAGGCGAAAAAGGUGAUAUUAAAACAUGUAUUCACUGUAACGCGACAUUCAAAUGCGAAAGAAAAUUAGACAAUCAUAUAAUUAAGGAACAUCCAGACUUAAUAGCAUCAGUUUCUAGUAAAAUAUAUGAAUGUACACAUUGUCCAUUUAGAACCACUGAGAAAUACUAUUUAUCCAAACAUAUCCUAAAACAUUCUGAGGCAGAAAGAGGAUCUAAGCUCAAAAAGUGUGUUCACUGUAACGCUACAUUUUCAACUAAAACACUUCUAGGUAAUCAUAUAAUUUUUAAACAUCCAGAAUUUAUAGCAUCAGUUUUAAGUAAAAUACAUGAAUGUACACAUUGCACUUAUAAAACUACCGUCAAAGGCAAGUUCGAUAUACAUAUAUUGAAGCAUUCUGGUGUAAAACCUAGCUGUAAGCUGAAAGAAUGUGUUCAUUGUAACGCUACAUUUAAAGCUAAAAUGCUUCUGGAUAACCACAUAAUUAAGAAACAUCCAGACUUCAUAUCAUCAAUUUCUGGUAAAAUACAUGAAUGUACACAUUGUAGUUACAAGACUACCUUCAAAGGUAAGUUGGCCAUACAUAUGUUGAAGCAUCCUGGUGCAAAAAGCAGCCACAAGCUCAGUGUGUGUAUUCACUGUGAUAGAACAUUCAUAAAUAAGAAAAAUUUAAAUGAUCAUAUCAUAAAGAAGCAUCCCGAACAUACUGCAUCAGUUUCAAGCAAAAUAUUUGAAUGCAAAUAUUGCGCGUACAAAACUGCAUUGAAUGGUUGUUUAACUAUUCACAUGCGGAAGCAUCCAGAGGCAGAAAAUGGCCAUGACCUUAAAACAGGCGGCUAUGCCCUUAAAACAUGUAUUCAGUGCAAGGCGGCCUUUAAAAAUAACACAAGUUUAGAUAAUCAUAUCGUUAAGAAUCAUCCUGACUGUGUUGCAUCAAUUUCGAGAGAAAUACAUGAAUGUAAAUAUUGCGCAUUUAAGACUGUCUCGAAGGGUUCUUUAACUAGACAUUUAGGGAAGCAUCCAGGUGCAGAAGGUGGUUCUACCCUUAAAACGUGUAUUCACUGUGACGCGGCGUUCAAAUCUAAGAGAUGUUUAGAUAAUCAUACAAUUAAGAAACAUCCUGAGUAUAUUGCAUCAGUUUCAAGUAAAAUAUAUGAAUGCACACAUUGCACUUACAAAACUACCGUCAAAAAGGACUUAGAUAGUCAUUCACGUAAAACACAUAUUGGGACCCUUCAAAUAAAAAAAGAAAAUAGAAGCUUCAACUAAAACAGUGAAAUAGAACAUUCGCAACAUAAUUUAUCGUAUGCACUGAAAACCAAACGUCGCAAUGGUACGACAGAGAAGCGUGUUAUAAGUGUGUUAGAAAGAGAUAGAAGUACCUCGUUGCCUAGCAGCCCCAUUACGAGGUCACCGAUGCCAUCGGCGCACUCUUUCUAACAUACUGUAGCGUUUUUCUGGGUUCUUUUUGGGUGUGGAUUAAAACACUGGAUUCCACAAAAAGAAAUGCACUAAUUUAUUUGACUUGAUAAAACAUUUAUGUCUGACUAAUUCUUAUGUCACCAUUGACUGCACUAUACUUCUCUUCGCUCUGCUACUCCACCGUAUUCCGUACUCUCUGCCCCAUCUCCCGGCCGCCGAGUUAUAUAUAGUUCAAUUACUGCUGCGAGAAAGACCACGAAGCGGUAUCUAGAAUGUUGGAGAUCACAUCGCGUCGAUCUAGAAGGCGAUCCACUUUGACGGUCCUCACAGCCGCCGCUAGGUGUCUGGUGUGGUCGUGAUUCGCGUAAAAGUAGAUGUCGGCCAUGAAGCUCUAGCGAGUAGGGGACUCGCCCAACAGAUGGCGCUGACAGUAUGAUUUGUUACAACACAUAUUGCACGCUUCUCUUCCGUACACAUUACGCCGUAGAUUUAUUGAACAUACUGUUACUUGAUGAGCCUGUUAUACUGCCUCUAGCAUGUUAGCGCAUACAAAAUGCACUGUUCUCUCUGCCAGUGUUUGAAGCAUCGAUUGGAGAAUUAUAUGUGAAAAUAUCGUAAUAUUUAUUUUUCUAACAAGUGUAAAUAUAUCUUUUAAAAAAUAGUUAAUUUCCUAGCAAGUGCGGAAAGUGAUACUUUUCCGCGCAGCAAGAAAUGAAUGUAAGCAAAGGUGGCAUUGUAUAGGAAAACCUACUUAAUGUCAAAAAAUCUACAUGAUGUCAUAAAAAAUCAAUAUAAUGUGACUUGUCACAGCGUUCGAGUGCGGAAAAGAUACUUUCCGCAGGAGUUAGGAAGAGAAGUUUUUCUACUUGCAAAAAUUCAAUCUGCUGCAAAUGUCGCUUGAUAGGUCAUCUAAUGUAUCCAUCAGAAGCAUAUUAUAAAGAAAUAACUUUAUUCAUAAUUUUGUGCGUGACAACGAUCAAUCGAAACGGAGCAAGUUAUUUAAUUAAAUAAAAGAGAAAGUAAGAUUUAAAUACUCUACAACUACGAGGGUGGUCCCAGAAGUACCCGGCCUCUCCUAGAGAUGGCGAUAGUUGUUUGAAAAAUAUCAUUGUAUUAGAAAGUAUGCAACCUAUAAAGCAUAUAUGUCAAGUUUGAAGACGCCACGUUGUUUAGUAUUUGUUUGGCAGCCAUCAAUACUGAACGUUUUCAGUGAAUUUGUGAAAAUGGAGAAAAUUGGUCAUCGUUAUGUGGUUCAAUACUUUUAUUUCAAAGGCCUCAGCCCAACCAAUAUAAAAGCUGAACUGGAUUCUACUCUGGGUGAGUCUGCUUCUUCGUUUACAACAGUAAAAUAUUGGGUAGCAGAGUUUAAACGAGGCCGAAUGAGCUGCCAAGAAGAGCAUCGCAGUGGUCGACCAAAUGAGGUGACGAUUCCAGAAAUGGUGAAGAAAAUUCACAAAGCGCUAGUGAAUGAUUGUUGACUGAAAGUGGGCGAGCUAGCAGACAUAUGUUGAAACAUCCUGAUUUUACUACUGAGGUUUCUAGUAAAAUAUAUAAAUGUGCACAUUACACUUAUAAAACUACCUUGAGAGCUAUUUUGGCUAAACACAUGUUGAAGCAUCCUGGUAUAAGAGGUAGUCUGUAAUCACUGUAAUUCAGUAUUCCAGUAUAAGAAAAGUUUAAAUGAACAUAUAAUAAAGAAACAUCCUAAACAUAUUGCAUGAACGUACAAAUUGCACCUUGAAAAAUACGUGAUUCGUCCUAUAUGCGUGUAUAUGGAAUGGCGCUUUAGCGCGUAAUUUGUGAUUGGAUUCGGUUGUUUGUUAUCUGGUCUUUGUGUGAAGCAGAGUCUUUUCCCAUUGGUAUUUCUUCGGUUUUCCAAAGAAAAUACGAGUGGGUUUUGGAGUGUUAUCACAACACAAAUUUAAUAAUUUCUAAUUAAAUUAACCACCACAUUUUCGACAAUUUCAACGCAGGGUCAUUGGAACUGACCAAAAAUGAUUAAUAGGAUUAGCCUCGCCAGUUAGUGUAUAGUUCUUUUCGAGUAUCCAUUACGGUAGAAUGACAUCUGAUUAUCUAGUAAUAUUUCAAAAUUCCCCAUAUCGGCAAAUGACACAUAAUUCUGACGGAUCCGUCAAUGCCAGGUAGACAGAGCUAUAUUUUGUUUUGGUUUUUCGUACGCUACAGAUUCAUUUUGUACUUGGUAAAAGCUCUUUUAUUUAGAAAAGUUCAUUUGCAUACAAAAAACAACACGCUACAAAUAAGUUUUACUAGAUUUACACCCUUUUGAUUAUUGCCAAUGUCGCAGACUAACACAAAAAUGUCACUUGCAGAUCAGUUGUUCACCUCGGUUGAUGUCAAAACGUGAUGGAUUCUCGUGAAGUAGGGUAUAGUACAGAUGCCAAGCAAUUAUUUUUAGAUGUAAAAUGUAUUUUAAAAUCGGGAUGUUAAAUAGAGAAAUAAAACAAAAUCCAGAAGAAAAUUAUGAAAAUUGUAAAAUAAACUCAAUAAAACUGUUUAC